GUAUUUCCUGCACAGUCCUGCCUGGCUCCAGAGGGCUGAGAGGAGAUUGGGCCUGUCCUAAACAGGGACACACAUACAAACACACACUCUUGCACACACAGCUAGCCAUCAGGCUGGUCGAUAUGGACUAUGAGCCCAAGCGAGCCAAGAAGGGCUUUGUAAAGCGCCUAGUGUUCCCUAAAUCUAGCCGGCGUCAGGCAGACAAAGGCAGUGUGUACCGCAGACCCCUUCACACUGUCCCCCUCUACCCACCUGACUACCUCAUCCACCCAGAGAGACUCAUCUACGACUAUGUGGAAAAGGAAGUCAAGUUCCUGGGACACUUGACUUGGGUGUCAUGUUCCCUGAACCCGUCCAGCAGAGAUGAGCUUCUGCAGCUUCUGGACACAGCCAGGAAACUGAGGGUUUUGCCUCUGAAGACCAGUGUGGAGCAGGACUGCAUUCUCAGCCUGUCUGCUCGCUGUCUGCUGCUUACCUGGAGGGACAACGAAAAACUGCUGCUGAGAAUCCCCACACAUGAAAUCGCUGCUGCCUCCUACCUGCGGGAUGAUGCACUGCACCUACUGGUGCUCAAAACUGGUUUGAAUGUGGACACUGUACUAGCUGGUGACACUUUGGAGAACAGGCCCACUGGUUUGGAGAGCCGCAGACAAACUAUAAGCAACACUGACCCCAGGCCUGCAGGGGGCACCAUGGAGCGCCGCCACACCAUCUGUGGUGUGGACUGGAAGCUCUCGUCCCGCCAUGAGCCUAAACAGAGCAGCGUGGGUGGAGGAGGUGGGACAGGGGGUGGAGGAAGUGGUGGUGGUGGUGGUGGUGGUGAUGAGGACAGCCUAGAACGGAAACGUGUGAGCGGGAGUUGGGAGCGUAGACAGACUCGGAAGCCAUGCGGAGGUAGCUGGGAGAAACGACCAGUGAGUGGAAGUUGGGACCGGAGGCCUGUAGGGGGCAGCUGGGAACGUCGGGGAGGUGGAGGGGUCAUAGGAGGUAGCUGGGAAAAGAGGCACGGGCCUGGAGCUAAACCAGGUGGAAGCUGGGAAAGGAAGCACACGCCAGGUGGCAGUUGGGAACGCAGGCAGGCUUGCACAGGAAGCUGGGAGAGGGGAAAGUCCUACGGCAGCUGGGAGAGGAGGAACCAUAAUCCACUGGAGCCCAUGCCAUGCCCUGAUGCCUACUGCAACCUCGUCAUACUGGCUGUAGAGAACAGGGACGCUGCAGAGGAGUACUGCGCACUCAUCUGUCAAAUGUUUCAGAUCAUCUAUGGACAUCAGACCAUUGAAUGUGUCGACAGGGCGGGAUAUCACUACACCAUGCCUGACCGCUAUUGGCUACAGAGGAGUGACAGCUGCCUUACUGACAUGACAUAUGGCUAUGACACAGACUUCAGCUGCUGCAGUUCAUAUGAUGGUUCACAGGAAGCAUUUGAUCCGUAUUAUAGUGAGAACUACAGUGAGAGCUCAUCUCUCUCCUGCCAUGAGUCACAUCGAAGCCUGGCCUCCACACACAGCGACUCUGAGCCCUGUAAUGCCAGUCUGCAGGAGUACAUGAUCAUUUUGAGGAGUAAGCUGGUGCCUCAGGAGAUUCAGGAGUUUGCUCUGUUUCUGAGAGAAUACAGACUUGGUGCUCCGAUAGAGCAGUUCUGCACUGACCUGCUGCAGCUCUAUGGAGACUCGCGCAAGUUCCUGCUGCUUGGCAUGAGGCCCUUUAUUCCAGAUAAGGAUGUAGGAGUGUUCGAGACGUUUCUGGAAGACAUUGGGAUCCGAGAGGGUGGGAUUUUGACAGACAGUUUUGGCCGGAUCAAGCGGAGCAUGAGCAGCACAUCUGCCACAGCAGUCCGGGGCUAUGACGGCUGGACUCUUCCUUCCGGUUCCCAGGAUUUUAACCGCAGAAUUGAUGACAUCACACACAACAUUGAGGCUUUGGGCUUUGAGGAAGGGAACGGAGACAUAGAAGAGGAGGAUUAUUACCUGUGAACUGUUGCACUGGAGUUUUUUAAAGACAGGGUUUAGGUCGCACAUUUCUUUGAUACAAAAUAUUCAAACUAGUUUAUAGCAUUUAUAGUAUAUGUGCACUUUACUGGGCCACACGGAGUGCUGCUGAUGAAAAAUGGACGUUUUGCAUCCUAUUUGCAUUUGUGAAUAGGCGUAUUAUUUGCAUGCAAGUUUGAUUAUGUCAUGUUCUGCGUCCGUGAGUUACAAAAGAGCACCAAUGCAGUGAGGAAGUGCCAGAGAGAACCUAAGUAAUUACAUAUUAUUUGGAGAAAAGGUCACUUAGACAUAAAAGGAGAAAAAGAGUAAGCAAUCAUAUAAUAAUGAUGACAGUGAUGAUGAUGGUAAUCUUCUGGAGCCGGAGGGUCGUUGACUGUGGCUGCUGUCUGAAGGGAGAGUAACUCAUGAAAAACUCAACCUUGACAUUCUUUCCAGUGACACUGCCACCUUGCCACAGUCUAGUGCCCUUCCCUUCCCUCUUAUCUAUGCCAACCACUGAAGGUUGAUGGGCUCUGCGCCCAGCAUCGGGGGUUAUCAAAAUGGCACAUACAUCUGUCAGGCUAAACGUUUGUUAUGUAAUAGGACUGGGCAGAAGAACAGGGCCAGAUAGGGUUUAGUUUAAAGUUAAACCUCUUCUCACACCCAAACAAUCUUAGUAGUCAAACCAGCAGGGUGGCAAUAACAAAUGUUUGUCCAUGGCCGUGUGAUGAAGAGGGCCAGCUGAGGUCCUCUGUGGAAUAUCUUAGUCAGUAGGUCAUAGGACGGAGGGCCCAGUGGAAUUAUUUUUGACUUACGUUCCCAUUGAAAUAAAGAACCGACUGACUUUGUAGUACUGUUUAUAAUAGUUAAACACUGUAAAAUGUUAUGAAUUAAAAUGUUAUACAUACCUAAAAU